AUGACUUCAAACGUUAAUUUAACCCAUUUGAGAAAUGGAACAAAUAAAUUGCCUCCAACUACCGUAAUUCAUCCAAUCGUGGCAGUUAAGGUCGGUGGAAUGAAAACUCACUCGUAUGUUUCUGCCAGAUUAGUCGAACUCACGCAAGCAAGUGAAGUUAAAAAGGAAACGCGUAGAAUUGCUACAUUAAUGGGUACUUCGACUUCCAAAUUUUCCCAGUACGAUAUCCGUCUUGAAUCAGUGAAAGGAAAUUUCGAACUGGAAGCACGCGUCACAAAAAUCGAGAAAAGUGAACUUUUAAGCUUAGAAAAUUCCCACAACUACGAGUUAAUUAAGAACUAUGCUCACUUGCGUGAUAUCGAAUUAGUCGACGUGGCUACCAAACAGAAUUUGGCGCUAACAGAAUUUGGCGUUUUGGGCGCUAACGAAUAUGCCAAAAUACGCACGUCAAUUCAGUCUCGUAUUGGUAGACAAGGAGAACCAAUCACUGAGCACACUCGUUUUGGUUGGGCCAUAAUGGCCCCGGGUUUAGAUAGUGAUGACGUCACUGGAUUCCUAGCUGUUAAUUCCUAG